AUGGACAGAGAACAUAAAGUGCUCAACAUCGACCCACCGGUACCGUCGCCCCGGCCAAGACCGGGCCGGUUGGCAGCGGAUGACGGCUCGUCGGGAAGCUUCCACGGCGAGUCCGAGAAUGCCACGAUCGUCGUUCGUCCGACCGAUAAUGCCGGCGGCGGUUGUUCCUCCUUCGUGUCGCUGCCAUCGAACGUCGCUGCUUCCGAUCGCGCUGUUCCUGGUUCCGGUAUUGGGGAAGAGCUGAACCGUCCCGUUCCGGCACCGCGACGAGUAAAGGGGCAGCUUUAUAACGAAGGAGAGGAGGGUGCGAAAGGCUUCCGGGGCACGCGGUAUGAAAAUGUCAUCGUAAUUAGUCAGAAGACACCGAUACGCGUUGCUCCGCCAUUACCGUCGACUCCGUCUUACCAUCCUCUGCCAGCAUCAUCACCAUCCCUUACGUCCUCUCCAGCUACACCAGCCAUGCCGCCGCAACCCUCACCAUCACCUCCCCCGGGGGUGUCGUUCGUUAAGCGCCGGGACAACGGCAGUCGUCGCGUUGCCGCUGCGGCGGCUGCGACUGCGGAUCGACGUCGUCACUCGGUCGGCCCCGGAUCGCUGAGCAACUUGCUGGACGGUGCUGCGGGCGAUAGCGGUAACGGGAUGGAGGCAGGAUACCACCGUGAAGCCACCGAAUGUGAAUUGGGCGGCGGUCGAAGGGAUAGUGGGGACCACAAGUACAAAACCAGCUCACCGGGCGACCUGUUCAAGUCAAUCGGAACCACGUCCCGGAUGCUGACCGAGUCGAUCGGCGAAAGGGUAGCCCACAAGUCGCGCAAGGUAGCGGAAAACGUGCGCAACACGAGUAGCACCAUCGUCAGCUGGAGCCAGGAGACGGCCGGCAAACUGAAGAGCGUUGGGCGCUCGAGCACCCGAAGCAGCAACACUUCCGCCGGCGGCGUUAGCAGCGGCAUCGACUCGACCACCACCACCUGCGGAACGGCCGACUCCUGGCGCCAGUCGGCAAAGAAGGAGCGUGACAAGCCCAAAUCGGAAGGGGGGAUGAUGCAGAAUAUCAAGUUCACCAGUCCGCUGUUGGAUGAACCGUCCACCAUCAUCACCACCACAACCGUACUUCCGCGUAACACUACCAUUACAACGACCACAACGUCCAGGGUGAACGACGCGGAAAAGGAUAAGCGUAGCCGGGCAGGUGCCGAUAAGCAGCCAGCGUCUUCUUCUUCUGGGCAAACGUAUGACAUUCCACGCCGGGGCAACAAACCGUCCAAUCUGCGGCCGGCUCCCGGAUCCAGGCCCGGAUCGUCGUCGGGUGGCGGAUCGGUGCAUAGCGCGAGCGAAAGCAACACCACCAGCCCGGUGUCGUCGGCAUCCUCAUCCAACACCACCACUCCCGAUAGAGGGGUGGGAGGCACCGUGUGCCGUGAGGCACAGCGGUUGCCGCCGAACUUCCGGCGUCUUCCUCUCACCAGAUCGAAUCUCUAUACUACCGUCUUGCCCAAAUGCCAGCGAGUGGAGAAAGGUAAACCGGGGCUCGGAUGGAUCCCACCACCACCACCUCCGGAGCCGCUCGCCGAUCGCCAUAAGCAGCACAAGAGCGAAUCGAACCUGCACGAACCCACGUUCUACGUCCAGCACCCGAUGCUGCUAGACGAUGGCGGUCAGCUGUGCGAUCGACAGGGGGGAAGCCAGAAUCACCUGUACGGAAAGCUGAACAUUCUUCCACGCCGGGCAAUAUCGAGCUCGUCGAGCAGCGGCGGGGGUGGCGACCUCGCCACCGGCGGUGCCUGCAGUACUCGCUCGUCGAUGGCCGAUUCCGAGGAGGACAACAUGUUCCCGGAGGGACGCCAAUUGGUGGAGUUAGGGUCACUGGUUGAAGUUCAACCGCAAACGGCAGGAGGAAAGCGACAGAUGGUGGAGGCAGACGGUGGCGAUGGUGUAGGAGGUGAAAAUGAAGUCGUCGCUAUCAUCAAUAGAAGUCGCCAGAUUUUCUCGCGUCAAGCGUCCAUCACCACCACCACCAUGGAGAAUGAGGACAGCCAACAGACGGAGGCGGCGGUUGUCGCCAAGUAUCGACCGCUGUCGUGGACCUAUUAUGUCAUAGCGCACGAGCAGACGAGCAGCAGCGUUUCACCACCAAUACUAGUGGCGGAGGUGACGCCAGGUACUGAUAACAAUGGGGAACAGGGGAAUCGUUCGGCGGCGACCAACAACCUGGAACCAUACUACGGUAAUGCUGGCGGGGGGACGCAACCGAUCUAUAACAUACUGGCGGAACCCCAGGUGCUAUCAUCAUCACGGUCGGUACUGCAACCGGUUCCGGUCGCCCACGGAGGUGUCGUGAACCAGGGUCAGCGGCAUGAUUAUGAUACUGUGUCGUUCUACUCGGACAUCGUCGAGUUUGACCCGCUCGCGGAUACCUCGGAGGCGAACUACAGCCAGUCGUCGCUGGAGCCGGAGUUGUGUUUCGACUCCUCCAAGCCCAGCAGUCGGGAGCUGUGGCUGAUCGAAGACAUGCUAAACUCGAAAUCGUCCGCCAUGGAGCGCACAUCCUUAACAUCGCCAAGCCAGCAGCAGCGCCAGGCGGCGGAUGAAAAUGAAGCUGCUGGUGGGGGUGGUAGUGAUCAAGUCGAUCGCGGCCCGCAAAUUCCUGAGCGAUCCGAUUCGCUCCUGCUACCGGGAGUGUUGUUGCCCAAGGCAACUGUUCCGGUGAAACCGAAGCGGACCAAACUGCCCAAUUCGCAGCUGAAGCCGGAGGAGUCAAUGAAAGGGAACAGUGGCAACAAUUCGAGAAGCAUCGGCCACAUCGUGCACCAAAACCUGUCCCUUCCUGCGGACAGCAUGGAGAACCUGGUGGAGGAGAGCCUCGUCCAGCCGUACCUGUCGGUGGUAGAAGAAGAGUCGAUAGCCAGCGGCGGCAGCAAUGGUGAUCCGUUGGACCUCAGCUAUCCGAAACGGCAUCCACGUAAGACCAACUGGUACGUCGAGGAUGUGCAGACUGCGGACCCGGCCCUCAAUGACAAUGCAACAGCCGCGUCUGGAGGGGGAGAAGCAGCUGCUGCAUCACCUGGAGCGGCAUCAUCACGCCAAUCAGCUCUCGGAACGCCCCCAACGUACUUCGAGGCGAUCGGGGGUACGGAUCCGCUGUUCGAGCGCGGUCUUGCCGCUGCUUCGGUGCCAUCUCAUAGAGAGCUCCCGAAGGCAACAUCGGGAGGCAGCGGCAGCAGUGUCGCGUCCAAGCUGCUGAAUGUACUCAAGCGCAGGUCGAGCCUAAAUCGUGGAUCAUCGACGUCGGCGGCGGGGGCGGGAGCGACGAAGACGGCCGCGGUGGCGGUGACGACGACGAUGAUGGUGCCGAAACCGGCACUGACUGAGCGACUCAUCACGCACAAAGGUCACGUUCUAAAGAUUCCCUCCGGCAAGAUGGGCGACCUGCCGCUGUAUUACGAGAUGGCUCCGCGCUCGGUUGUGCUGCGCGAGCGCAUCCUUCAAACGUUCCUCGACCCUCAGCAGACGCUGCUGAAGGAGACGAUCCAUUUGCACCACCUGUUGGCACUGCAGUGCGUCUUGCAGCACAAGUACAUGGGCGAAGGCGGGCUCCCUCUGCACGUCUUCGAGAUUGUUCUCGCCCUGCCGAAGGGGGGCGCUGGAAGCGCUAGCGGAGGGUUGGCGGCCGUCGCCGCCGCUGCUAUGUCCAGCAAUCCAGACCUGCUGAUGUCGGGCGGAGGCGGCCACAAGACCAGCCGCGCUUCGCACAUGUUCGCUACGCAUAAUCGCUCCGAUCGCAACCUGUGGAUGUCGAAAGUGCUGCUGUCGGUGACGGACGUGUUCCCGGCGGAGCUGCUGCGGGAGUUCCUGCGUGCUGGGUGGUGUUACGUAAAGAAGUCGGUGUCGGCGUGCUGGGCCGGGGCGUGGGUGCUGCUCACCACCAAGCGACGGCUGCACAUCUACAGCUUCGCCGACCACCAGCUGGACGAGCUGGACCUCCGCAAGGCGCGCUGCAUCGGGGCAAUCGAGGACAGUAGUAGCGCCAACGAUCCCCAGUCGCUGGCCAAGCUGUACGUCGAAGCUGGCCCCACAAUGCUCAUCGACUGUCCGCCGUUCCCGACACUCUACCUCAUCAUGAGCUCGCCGCGCGAAACGCACAUCUGGCGCAAGGUAGUCCUUCAAGUGGCGCACGAAAACGGCUCCACGCUACACACCCAGCAGCUGACACUGGCCGACGUGCCGGUGCUGGUCGACAAGUGCGUUAACUUCAUCUACGCGCAAGGCGCGAUGUCCGAGGGCAUUUACCGUCGCUCGGGCUCGGUGUCAGCCGUCGGCCGUAUCCUGAAGCUGUUCGCUGACGAUGCGUUCGCUGUGCAGCUGACUCGGGCCGAGUUCAACGAACACGACGUGGCCGGUGCCCUGAAGAAGUUCAUCCGCGAGCUGCCCGGUUCUUUCUUCGGCAAGUUCGCCUCCUCGUUCACGGCGAUCGGCAUGCUGUACGACGAGUCGCUGAGGCGGGAGUCGUACCAGCAGCUGCUACGGCAGCUGCCCCACAUCGAGCACAACACGCUGAAGAAGCUGAUCAGCCACCUGGCGUUCAUUGCGUCGCUCGAGCAGCACAACCGGAUGGGGAUCCCGAAUUUGGCCAUGAUCUGGGGUUCCACGCUGAUGGCGAACUCGAUCCAGCGCACGGUUGCGGACGAAGCGAGCAGCGGUUAUCAUCAAUCGGACGCAGACGUCGUGGCCGAUCUAAUACGGAUGUACCCGCAGCUGUUCCCAAUGAGCGACGACGAGCUACGCAAGGAUCAGAUGAUGCUGGAGGUGCUGCAACGGUACCAUGCGGCAGCAGAGAACCUCUCCGAUGCCGUCAAACACUCUGGUGAUCUGAAGAUGUGGAUCACGAUUGAGUGCGACAACAGCCCGGACGAAAAACAGAACAACAACACACCAAAUGCGGAGGAGAAGCAGCAAGUGAACGUGGAUAUUACUCCAACCAAGACUGCAUCCGACGUCUGCAAAGAAUUGGCCUCGCGGACGGUGUACCCGUGGAAUAAGCUGACCCUGUACGAGAUUGUGCUCAACGGCGCCUUGGUACGGCCCAUCCACUACGGGGAGAAAGUGUUGGAAAUCGUCGUUCGAUGGACUUACUGGGACGAGGCGGAUCGGAAGAACAACUACUUAACUCUCAGGCCCACCACCACACUGAACGACGCGUACAGAACCAUACAGAAGUCACCGGUGCUGGAACCGACGAUGGAGUUGCAGUUUGCCGAUCAACGCACCAAGGCCCUGCGCUCUUGCCAGCUGCAGCUCAUGAAGCACACUUUGGUGGUGCUGAGAAAGUUCGACAAAAAGGACAAAGGGUUCGAGAAGCUGUGCACGAUUGAUCUGACGCGUGUGACGGCGUACAUCGGGUGCGAACCGAAGCGUGACAAAUCCAGUCUACGCUGGGCCAUCACGCUCGUCAGUAAAGAUUUCGCGAAGAGAACACGGGAGGAACCGUUUGUCGGCCAUAUUUUCGGUGGGCUAGACUUUGCGAGCCAAAUGCUCUGGUACUCGAGCAUACUCUACAGCCACCACAAAGAUGACAUCUUACCGAGUGGAGAUUUAUUUUUCCUCUAAGAACCACCCGUUAUCCAUCUGCCAUUUUUAUAGUACAUAGAAAUAUUAAUUAUGGUUGCCAUCAUGAUGGUUUGUUGCCCGGGGAGGGGGGCGUCUGACCAACAGUAGCAAUAAAGCGGGAGUGAACUGGUUUUGUGAUUUGCUACGAAAUUAAAGAAAGUAUAUUUUAUGAGAAAAAAUAUACUAACAAUUGUGAAGAAAAAACGCUUUAUAACGGCAGAGAAUUAUUAGAACUUCCAUCACACAAAGAUGGCAAUCAUGUACAUACAUGUUCCGAUUAGAGGUUACUUUUUCUAUUUUAAAAGCCUAAGAUUUUUGAAUUUUAUAUCAUAUAUAUCAUAGAACAAUAUAAUUGAUAGAUGGAUAUAGUUUUACGGACGGCAUCACACCUAUCAGAGCACUAUCGAGCGCGACUGAAUUAGUUUACAUGAUUUUGAUCGAUCCAUGCUAUCUGCCAAUGAAAUGAGUUAAGUGUAGGAGGAAGAGUAUGCUGAAUAUAACUUGUGGUUUUGUUCAAUUCUUGAUGAACCUAAGGGUUCUGAGGGAACAAACAUUGUUUUACCACCAAAAUCAAUAGAACAUUCCCAUACAUUCAUUUUUCAUUUUUUAAUAGAAAAAUCAUCCAUUUGCAGGGAAGGUCAUUUUUUAAUAGAAGCCUAUGUAAGCCUAUUAUUUGAUUAGUUUGAAGUUGUAAUUGUUGUAAACAUAUAAUGUCUUAGUUGCCAUAGUGAUGAGUGGUGGGUGACAACGUAUAACCGAUGCAACAUCGAGAUAUAAUCAAGGCGAGAAGAUGCUAACUUGUUAAUGAGAACUAUUAGAACUUCCAUCACACAAAGAUAGCAAUCAUGUACAUACAUGCUCCGAUUAGAGGUUACUUUUUCUAUUUUAAAAGCCUAAGUUUUUGAAUUUUAUAGCUUAUAUAUCAUAUAACAAUAUAAUUGAUUGACGGAUAUAGUUUGACGGACGGCAUCACACCUAUCAGAGCAAUAUCGAGCGCGACUGAAUUAGUUUACAUUAGUUUGAUCGAUCCAUGCUAUCUGCCAAUGAAAUGAGUCUAGUGUAGGAGGAAGAGUAUGCUGAAUAUAACUUGUGGUUUUGUUCAAUUCUUGAUGAACCUAAGGGUUCUGAGGGAACAAACAUUGUUUUACCACAAAAUCAACAGAACAUUCCCAUACAUUCAUUUUUCAUUUUUCAAUAGAAAAAUCUUUCAUUUUCAGGGAAGGUCAUUUUUUAACAGAAACCUAUGUAAGCCUUUAAUUUGAAUAGUUUGAAGUUGUAAUUGUUGUAAACAUAUAAUGUCUUAGUUGCCAUAGUGAUGAGUGGUGGGUGACAACGUAUAUCAGAGCAACAUCGAGAUAUAAUCAAGGCGAGAAGAUGCUAACUUGUUUAUGAAAACUUAGCGAAACAUAUUUUUUUAACAGCAAAAUCAAUACAACAUUCAGCAAAAAGACGGGAUCAUGAACAGGUUACCGA